AUGGUGAAAUUAAGCAACGUAACAUUUCUCAAGUCAGUUUCUCAUACUGUAACAAGACGAUUGAUUUUCAAGAUGGGAAAGAGAGAUUAUUCUGGUGAAGAACAGUCUCAGAAUAAAAAACAGUUCUAUGAUUCACGCAGGUACAUUUCACCGGAUUCCACCUACUACCGCAACCCAAUUACUGAGCAAGAAGCACAAAAAUUUGAUGACGGUAAAAGGAGGAAACCCUUUGAUUUAUUACAGGAUUUGAUGAAAAGUCAAAAGGCCGAUGUUGAGGCUAAAACGGUCAUACAUUGGUUUAGAGAAGAUUUAAGGAUCUCUGACAAUACUGCUUUAUGCAAAGCCAUUGAAAAACAACAAACCGAUAAAUCCCAAUUGGUUUCUGUAUUUACCAUCAAUAAACACGACUGGAUAGCCCAUCUUGACAGCAAUUUUAGACUCACCUUCUUGUACAAUGCACUUAAAUCGCUACACAAGGCUUUAUUAGAAUUAUCGAUCCCCCUAUACGUCAUUGAAUUCAAUCCUGAGGAACCUACACUUUCUAAUUCUACGACUUUUGCCCACUGGUUCAAAGACCAAUGCCUUCGAUUAUCCAAAGGCAAACCUCUUUUCCUUACCGCUAAUGCAGAGUACCCGACAGAUGAGUUGUACAGAGACAUUAAGAUAUUUGGUACUACUGAUGAAAGGUUUCAAUUUAACGUUUUCCAUGAUACUUGCAUUGUAGAACCUUGCAUCUUUAAAACUCAACAAAAUAUUCAAUAUUCGGUUUUCUCCCCCUGGUACAAAAAAUGGUGUGCACAUCUGAUGGAUAAAAAGCCUAAUGAUAGCUUAGUAGCAACUUCGCAGGUGAAAAAAAUUCAAUACAACGAAAAGGCCUUUCUGCCUGAUCUUGAUUUCCAAUUACCCGCCGAAUUCACCGCUCAAGGCAAUGUCGCUGAAGCUUCUGAAGAAGCUGCAAUUUCUAGGCUGAGGAAAUAUUUAGAAGAUGGUAUCGACAAGUAUCCGGAAAAAGACAUUCUCAUCCAUGAAUCUUCUUCUCACAUGAGUGCGUACCUUUCUGUGGGAGUUAUAAGUGCUAGAACUGUGGUCAACGAAGCAUUCCAUCUUGUACCAGGUGAUAAAUUGGUGGGUAAAAGUCCCAAAGAUAUGAUCCCGAUGGAAGAAUUCAUCAGAGAAGUCGCAUGGAGAGAUUUUUACAAGCACACUAUGAGUUUUUGGCCUUAUUUGUCAAUGGAUCUUCCAUUCAAUUUAGCUUCAGAAAACAUGAAAUGGAUCAAUGAAGAACCAAAUUUUGAAAAAUGGUGUUACGGUAAAACAGGUGUUCCCGUUAUUGAUGCUAUUAUGCGCAAAUUGCUUCUAGAAGGCUACAUCAAUAAUAGAGCAAGGAUGAUCACUGCCUCUUUUCUUAGCAAGAAUCUUUUGAUAGACUGGAGAUGGGGAGAGCGUUGGUUCCGCAAUCGACUAAUUGACUGUGAUCUUGCCUCGAAUGUAGGAGGCUGGGGCUUUCUAUCCAGUACAGGAGUGGAUGCACAACCAUAUUUCAGAGUAUUUAAUAUGGAGCGACAAAGUCAAGCAUUUGACCCCGAUGGUGAAUUCAUCAAGAGGUGGGUUCCUGAAUUAAAAGAUGCUCACAAUGUUCAUAGUUUAGUCCAAAAGGCCAAAAGUUAUCCAGAGGCCAUUGUUGAUCUAAAGGGAAGUAGACAAAGAGCACUUGAUACAUAUAGCCAAGGUCUAUAUCAGGAAAAAUGA